CGUUUGGCUGCACGUCACACACGCGUCGCUGUCACGGCCGAGAUAUUCGCGUUCAGAUGUGUUUGUAAUUUCCGGGUUGGACUGGAAGGAGGGUGUGUCUCCGAUUCCCAACAGAAACACGCUGGAUAGAGCAGAGAGAGAGACGCGCUCCGCGGGAAAAUGGCAUUGGGAAGAGGGAAGCGGAAGCGCAGCGCGAUGGGAACGGGUUCCAGCUCCUCAGUCAUGAUUUAGAUCGGGAUCCACUCCCGCAGCGCGAUGGAAAAGACGCUCUGCUCGUCGCAGCCGGUGGAGAGGAGGCUGGCGGCUCGGACGGGCUCGGCCUCGCUCGGGUUCGGCGCGUCUCCGCCGGGGAACAUCGCGCCGCUGCAGCCCGGACGCACGCGCAGGAUAGAGGGAGUGCUGAGCAAAUACACCAACCUCAUCCAGGGCUGGCAGAACAGGUAUUUCGUGUUGGACCCUGAUGUGGGUCAGCUGCAGUAUUUCGUGAACGAGCAGGGGCGGAGCCAGAAGCCGCGUGGUUCUCUGCCUCUGAUUGGUGCGUCCGUGACGUCGAGUGACGAGGCGCCUCACAUGUUCAUCGUCAGCUCGGCCAAUGGGGAGCUCUACAAACUCAGAGCGGUGGACGCCAUAGAACAGCAGCUGUGGAUGACGCAGAUACAGGCCUGUACCAGACGCCACUCCGACAGCAGCGCCAAGAUGAGGAAACUGAAAGACUGUGAUGAGAAUCUGUGUGUCAACCAAACGCAGAACACACUGGAUGCACAGGGUUCGUCGGGCCGCACGCGGAGCUUCUCUCUGCUUCCUCACCUCCCUCCGUCUUCCUCUCCUGCGUCUCAGAGGCAUCUUCCUCACCCCGGGCCUCCGAGCAACAUCGUCACCAUCACGCACCAUAAGUCGCCUGCAGCCGCUCGCCGUGCCAAAAACCAGUAUCCACAGCGCCUCCUGGAGGUCAAAGAGGCUAUGAACCAGGCCGAGGGUCAGCAGAAGAGUCUGGUCCAGUCCAUCGAGUCUCUGCCGGCGAGAGGAUCCCUGUCCUGUCUGGAUCAGGACCUGCUGCUGCUGAAAGCCACGUCUGCCGCCACGCUGAGCUGCCUGGGAGAAUGCCUGACUAUAUUACAGCACAGCGCCGGACACAGCGGCAGCAGCAGCAGCGCUAAGCCGGUUCACAACCGCGAAAAUGUUCCUGUAUGGACCGUCCCAAAGUCGCCCUCAGAAGAAUGUCUGAGGAACAGCGGUGCUUCUACCCUGAGCUCCACAGAGCCUUCUCCCUCCCUUAGGAAGAAGAACCUGCUGCAGAACACUGAGCAGGACGGGAUGGAGAUGAUUUCUCCUGAUGAGGAGGUGAUGGAUUCGGAUGAUAACUCUGAAGAAGAUCUGGGUGUGCUGGAGGACCAGAGGAGCGUCAUUCUGCAUUUGCUGUCUCAGCUCAAACUCGGCAUGGACCUCACACGGGUUGUUCUUCCCACAUUCAUCCUGGAGAAGCGUUCCUUACUGGAGAUGUAUGCUAACUUCAUGGCGCACCCAGACCUGUUCCUGUCCAUUUCUGCGGGAAACACGCCAGAGGAGCGUAUGGUGCGUUUCGUCGAGUACUACAUGACCGCCUUCCAUGAAGGACGUAAGGGCGCCGUCGCCAAGAAGCCCUACAACCCGGUGCUGGGCGAGACCUUCUGCUGCUCGUGGGCGGUUCCGCGAGAACGUGUCCACCCACUGAGGGUGGGGCCACGAGACGUGACCAAUCAGGAGGCAGCGGGGGCGGAAUCAGACUAUUACAGGGUGCGUUUUGUGGCAGAGCAGGUUUCCCAUCAUCCUCCAGUGUCUGGGUUUUACUGUGAGUGUGCGGAGAGAGGUAUGUGCGUCAACGCGCACAUCUGGACCAAGAGCAAGUUCAUGGGAAUGUCAGUCGGUGUAUCCAUGGUAGGAGAAGGUGUGUUACACCUGCGGGAUCAUGGUGAGGAGUACGUGUUUACAUUCCCGAGUGCGUUCGCUCGAUCCAUCAUCACCGUGCCGUGGGUGGAGUUGGGGGGAAAGGUCACCAUCAGCUGCGUCCAGACGGGAUACUCGGCUAGCGUCACAUUCCACACUAAACCCUUCUACGGGGGCAAAGUUCACAGGGUAAGUGCAGAGGUGAAGCAGAACUCCAGCGGGACGGUGGUUUGUAAAGCUCAGGGCGAGUGGAACGGGACGCUUGAGUUCACGUACAGUAGCGGAGAGACCAAAGUGAUCGACACCAACAAACUGCCCGUCACCAAGAAGAUGAUUCGCCCGGUGGAGAAACAGGGCCGGAGCGAGUCCAGGCGUCUCUGGCAGCACGUGACCGCGGCUCUGAAGGAAGGAAACGUUGAUCUGGCGACUGAACACAAGCAUCAGUUAGAGGAAGACCAGCGAUCCGGCGAGAGACAGAGAGCCACCAACAACAUGCCCUGGAAACCCAAAUACUUCAGUAAAGAGGGUGACGGAUGGGUCUACAGAAACCCACUAUGGAAAAACACACUGAGAUAAACUACAAACCACAGGAGAGAGACGACCACUGAUCAGAACAACACAGGGACUCAACAAACAGCAAAAAAAAAGACUGGAUAAUCGUGCAUUAUGAUGCAUCACACUAUAGACUGUACAGAAACCAAUGUGUAUAUGUGAAAACAUGGAUGCAUAGAAUAGACUUUUAUACACUGUAUAAAUUAUAUUAUUUUUCACGAUUAUCUAACCGAGCCUUUGUGAAUAUACACAUGUACACCGUAUUAAUGUGAUCUGCCAUUAGAUGAUUUAUUAACAGUCACAAAUUUACAAGCAACACGGAAGAGAUGUUCAUAUUCAAGCUUCAAACACAACCAGCUCAUAUUUCACCCCAAAAUCAAGAUAAAAAAUAUUAAUUAUAAAUUAAAUAAAAUAUAAUUAUAUAGUAAUUAUAUAAUAAAUAAUAUAUACAUCUUUUAUAAGAUUUUUUUACAUUGUGAAUUUACCACUUAAAUUGUCAGUACUGCAAUAUAGUAUUUUUUUACUCCAUUACAGAAAAAAAUAUUGUAAUAUAAUAUUUUAUUUAAAUCAGCAUAAAUUAAAAGUGAAACAACAAAUACUAUCACAAUGUAUAAAUACUUUGCCAUUUAAAAUAUAUUUAUUUUAAAUAAAUCUUGAUGUCCUAAAAUAAGCUUCAGUUUCAUAUAUUUUUAGUUAAGAAGAACUCAGUGAAACAGUAUUUUGGGGUGAAAUGUGACCUGCACAUGAUCUUGACUUAUUUGUUAAGAUGUUUGACAUAAAACAGAUUAAACGGAUGAAAACCUUGUGUUUUCACUAAUCAAUUGAGCUAGUGUUCAGUCAGCUGAUGAUUAAAUGAAUGACCACAUCUGGCCAAUCAAUAUCCUCUCUCUACGAGUCACGGUUAAUUCCUAAAGCCUUCCUGACUGAACACUUUUUAUUAGAACUAAUUGGCCAUUAAACGAGAUUUUAUCCAAGAGAUUUUACACUCCUCCACUAAGGAUUUCUGAUGCACUUUUAAUCGAGGCCUUCCCUCAAUCCUGUGACUUUAUAUUAACAGUAUCACCGAUGUAAAGUCUAUUGAUUUGAACUGUAGGCUCCCAGCAGUCACUGCUGUAUGAUACAUGAUGCAAGACUUUAAAGGGACAGUACUGUAUUCUGGAUAUAGCUGAAGAAGUGUUAUAAAGCUCUAUCUGGGACAUGUGUUUUAGUCUAUGGGUUAAUUCACCCAAAAAAUGAUCAUUGUGUCAUCAAUUAAUCACCCUCAUAUCAUUCCAAACCCAUAAGACUUUUGGUCAUCUUCAGAACACAAAUGAAAAUAUUUUUAUGAGAGAUUUCUGUCCCUCCAUUUAAAGUCUAUUCACCAAAAACUCUGAAGCUUCAAAAUGUUCUUAAAGGGUUAGUUCAACCAAAAAUGAAAAUUCGGUGACUUGCUCUCAUGUUGUUCCAAAACUGUAUGAAUUUCUUUCUUCUGCUGAACACAAAAGAAGUUAUUUUAAAGAAAGUCAGUAACCUAAUUAACGAAUUAACAAAUAACAUCUAAUUAACAAGGGACGUAACACAUUUGGGGGCUCGUCCGGGAUAUGAACCCGGGACCUCUCUGUUGAGAUCCCGGACGAGCCCCCAAAUAUGUUACGUCCCUCGUUAAUUAGAUGUUAUUUGUCUAGGAAUAUUAUUAGACAUAAAUGUUUUGCAUGUGUGUGUGAAGAGAGUGAGUGAUUGCAAGCGAAAAGGGACGGACCACCAGUUUUGUCAUUUUUACAAACGACAAAUUUUUAAUUUCUUUAAAUGCGAUAAAGUGAAGUAAUAAAGAAAAAAAUAUUAAUUAAUGAAUAUUUACAAUAUGUACAACUAAGCAAGAAUGAACAAAAUCAACAAAAAUCAAUCUGCUGGAGAGGAAGGAGCAAGAGAGUCCCUGUUUCUGGUUCCUACUGACUUCCAUAGUAUUUUUUUUUCCAUACUAUGGAAGUUAGUUGGGCUCAUCAGCUGUUUGGUUGCCCAUAUUCUUCAAAAUAUCUUCUUUCGUGUUCAGCAGAAGAAAUUUAUGCAGGUUUGGAACAACAUGAGGCUGAGUAAAUGAUGACAGAAUUUUUUAUUUUUGGGUGAACUAUCCCUUUAAGAACAUUUUGAAGCGUCAGAGACUUUAAAUGGAGGGACAGAAAUCUCUCGUAAAAAUAUUUUCAGUUGUCUCUUUAAUAUGUAAGUUGGAACGACGUGAGGGUGAGUAAUUCCUGAGUGAAUGAUCAUAGGGUGAACUAUUCCUUUAAGGUGCGGUCACAUUUACCGUUGCUCGCGCGAUCAUUUCGGGGAAAAAAUGCUCACGUAAAAUUCGUACAUUUUAAAGUUGGUGAUUUGAAUUCAUCAUGCUGACCAACAGAAAACUAUGUGGUUUGAAAAUGUGUUCUGUUUGAGCAGUGCUUUAUACAAGAGACAAUGGAUCUGUUUUUGCCCGCGAAAUGUCGCCGCACCUUUACACACACAGCAAAAUUAAGCUCCUUUUGCAGCGAGUACUGUAAACUGUUCAUAUGGGUGCUGAAAUAAACAUGAAACAUGCCUUGGUUUUCUCAGAGUAAAAUAAUUUACAGCAAGUCUUUCUAAAUGCUGUUUAUGUGUAACUAAGUAAAACGGAGCUGAAUUACAAGAGAUAUUUUGGACAUUUCUGUUUGAAAUAAACCUGCCUCAGCACUCA